GAGCAGGCAGGAGCCGAGCAAGGAGGGGGAGCCGCCCGGGAGUUGCGCGAGCAGCCGGGGCAGACACCAGCGCCUCCUCCGGGGGUAGCAGCCCGAAGCCGAGCGGGAGCGGCAGCCGGAGAGGAGCGGGCUGACCAUGCUGCUGGACGCGGGGCCGCAGUUCCCGGCCAUCGGGGUGGGCAGUUUCGCCCGGCACCACCACCAUUCGGCGGCCGCGGCCGCGGCAGCCGCCGAAAUGCAAGACCGCGAACUGAGCCUGGCGGCGGCGCAGAACGGCUUCGUGGACUCGGCCGCCGCGCACAUGGGCGCCUUCAAGCUCAAUCCCGGGGCCCACGAUCUGUCCCCUGGCCAGAGCUCGGCUUUUACCUCGCAAGGGCCCGGGGGGUAUCCGGGUUCGGCCGCAGCCGCCGCAGCCGCCGCAGCCCUGGGGCCCCACGCCGCCCAUGUAGGCUCUUAUUCGGGAGCACCCUUUAACUCCACCCGGGACUUUCUGUUCCGCAGCCGGGGUUUUGGGGACUCGGCUCCCGCCGGUGGGCAGCACGGGCUAUUCGGGCCAGGGGCGGGAAGCCUGCACCAUCCGCACACGGAUGCCCAAAGCCACCUUCUGUUCCCAGGAAUCCAUGAGCAGCACGGUCCCCACGGCUCUCAGAAUGUGCUGAACGGGCAGAUGCGGCUGGGGCUGCCCGGAGAGGUGUUCGGUCGCUCGGACCAGUACCGCCAAGUGUCCAGCCCCCGGACUGACCCCUACUCGGCGGCCCAGCUCCACAACCAAUACGGCCCCAUGAAUAUGAACAUGGGCAUGAACAUGGCAGCGGCCGCCGCCCACCACCACCACCACCACCACCACCCAGGUGCCUUUUUCCGCUACAUGAGGCAGCAGUGCAUCAAACAGGAGCUCAUCUGCAAGUGGAUCGACCCGGAACAACUGAGCAAUCCCAAGAAGAGUUGCAACAAAACUUUCAGCACCAUGCACGAGCUAGUCACCCACGUCUCAGUGGAGCACGUCGGGGGCCCUGAGCAGAGUAACCACAUCUGUUUCUGGGAGGAGUGUCCUCGGGAGGGCAAGCCCUUCAAGGCCAAAUACAAACUGGUCAACCACAUCCGUGUACACACCGGAGAGAAGCCGUUUCCUUGCCCCUUUCCAGGCUGCGGGAAAGUUUUCGCCCGCUCGGAAAAUCUGAAGAUACACAAAAGGACCCACACAGGAGAGAAGCCGUUCCAGUGUGAAUUUGAAGGCUGUGACAGACGCUUUGCCAACAGCAGCGAUCGGAAGAAGCACAUGCACGUCCAUACUUCGGAUAAGCCCUAUCUUUGUAAGAUGUGUGACAAAUCUUACACUCAUCCCAGCUCCCUGAGGAAGCACAUGAAGGUCCAUGAGUCCUCCCCACAGGGCUCCGAAUCCUCCCCAGCCGCCAGCUCGGGCUACGAGUCCUCCACCCCACCGGGGCUAGUGUCCCCUAGCGCCGAGCCUCAGAGUACCACCAAUCUGUCUCCGGCUGCUGCUGCUGCGGCGGCGGCGGCAGCGGCGGCGGCGGCUGCUGCUGCUGCGGUGACCGCAGUGCACAGGAGCAGCGGGGCUGGAGGUGGCGGCGGCGGCGGCGGCAGCGGCGGGGGAGGCAGCGGGGGUGCCGGUGGCGGCGGUGGAGGGGGCGGUGGCAGCAGCAGCACCGGCGGGGGCGGUGGGACCGGCGGGGGUCACAGUGGCCUCUCCUCCAACUUCAACGAAUGGUACGUCUAAAGGAGGGGCCAAUCUCCUUCUCCCCCAUCCCCAAUCCCAGUUUUCCCGAGUCCUCAUCCUUCACCCUUCCGCAGAGAAGGGCAAGAGAACAGUUAGUGAUAGUGGAUGUUUCGAUCAUUUGUAUUCAUACCAGCAAAAGGAUCAAAAAAGUUAAAAACAAAGGAUCUAAUCUCGAAGAGCAAAAACUUCCCUUCCAAAGUCUCUGAAACUAAAAAAAAAAAAACAGCAAGGACACCCAACCCAACAACAACAACAAAACCCCAAACCAAACUCUCUUGCUUCCCCCUUCUUGCUCUUCCUCCACUCCCUCUUCCCGGUCUAGUUACUCGUUUCCUGACAAACUGUGUACAUAGUGGACUCCUCCUUCCUUCUCUGAGGUGGUAACGAAGUUUUAAUGGAUUCUUGGUGUAUAGAAGUUUGUCCAUUUGUAAAACGACGGUUGAGUUUCCUCCCCUCCCCCCUUCCUUGCCCAAAGUGAUGGACUUUUCUUUUUUUAUUUUUUAGUUCCCCGGUUUAUUUUUAAGUAAUGUGGAAGAAAAUGGUUUAUUUUGUAUUGUGGUAUUGAAUAUUGUGUUCCUUUUUAUGAGGCAACUUGAUUGUAAUCUUCAUGCAACUAUAGACUGGAAGAAAAAACCGUGCCAAAGUCUCCAUUCUGUUUUUCCAACACAAUUCUAUACAGCACACACACACACACACACACACACACACACACACUCACACAAACACACACCACCACCACCACCACCAACGCUUGUGAAUGUAUUUUUUCUGUUAGCUGGGUUUACAUGUGAUGUUUUAGUGCUUUUGCAAGUUCAAUUUGUUAGUUCCUGUACGGAAGAUCGUGGGGAAAAAUAAACGUUGUGCCGUUAGCUUUUUCCGUAAUAACACCCUUCCUUCUGUAAAUAUCCAUUACCAUAUUUAUCCAUUUGUAAUUAAAUUAUGGUAUUAACUUGCUACAGAGGAAACAAUAUUUAUAAAGAAUGUUUCUUAACUAUAAAUAUGUACAAUUGUGGGCAUAAACUGUUUCAGAAUUUUUAUUUGAAGGUUUAAGUGGUUUCAUCAUUUCUUGUGAUAUGUUUUAAGAGUAAUGCAUACAGAAAUAUAAUAAAAAUGUGUU